UUGUUUUCUUACUUGUAGUGAACCAAUCAACUUCAUACGUACAAAGCAAAUAAUUAGUGUAAUAUAUUCAGCCAUCUGAUAAUGGUUUUAAUUUUAGGAACAUUUACGGCGCUACUCUCAAUUUCUUGUGUCCAAUCAUAUGGAAAUAUCGAUCAACGCAUUAUUAAAACCGUUCUACUAAAUUGCCCAGACGGACAAGUGCGGGUUAAUGGAGAAUGUCUCGAUAUAUUGAACGAUACGUGGAAGAACAAUGAUGUAUCAAAACACACCAGUAAUUCGCGUGAUGUCAUUCAAAACGAUAUAUGGAAAAACACCGAUAAUUCCAAGAAUAUGAUUACAGUACCAUCAAACUGUCCACAAGGCCAAGAAUAUGUAAACGGACAAUGUCAUGAUAUAUGGAAAUACAGAGACGUAUUAACGUGGAAAAAUAAUGAUUUUACUAAAAGUGCUCUUAGUAUUUCGUCUGACCCGUUUUACAAUAACAAAGAAGAAAAUACUAAUACCCCGAAAAACAUUAUUACCGUUCCGCCAAAUUGCCCACCUGGCCAGGAAUUUGUAAACGGACAAUGUCGAGAUGUAUGGAAAAAUAAUUACGCAAGUGCCAACAGUAAAACUUCUGAUCUAACUUACAACAAUAAAAAAGAACAUGUCAAUACCCCCAAAAAUAUAAUUACCGUUUCACCAAACAACAAUGGUCUCAAUAACAUAAUUACAGUACCAUCAAUCUGUACACCGGCUCAAGAAUAUAUCAAAGGACAGUGUCAAGAUAUAUGGAAAAACAACAAUCGUCCCAAUAAUGUAAUUACGGUACCACCAAACUGUCCUCCGGGUCAAGAAUACGUAAAUGGACAGUGCCGAAAUAUAUGGAAAAACAACAACGGUCCCAAUAAUGUAAUUACGGUGCCACCAAACUGUCCACCAGGUCAAGAAUAUGUAAAUGGACAGUGCCGAGACAUAUGGAAAACCAACAAUAAUCCCCAUAACGUAAUUACGGUACCACCAAACUGUCCUCCGGGUCAAGAAUACGUAAACGGACAGUGCCGAGACAUAUGGAAAACCAACAAUAAUCCCAAUAAUGUAAUUACGGUGCCACCCAAUUGUCCGCCAGGUCAAGAAUAUGUAAACGGACAGUGCCGAGACAUAUGGAAAACCAACAAUAAUCCCCAUAAUGUAAUUACGGUACCACCAAACUGUCCUCCGGGUCAAGAAUACGUAAACGGAAAGUGCCGAGACAUAUGGAAAACCAACAACGGUCCCAAUAAUGUGAUUUCGGUGCCACCAAACUGUCCUCCGGGUCAAGAAUACGUAAACGGACAGUGCCGAGACAUAUGGAAAACCAACAAUAAUCCCCAUAAUGUAAUUACGGUACCACCAAAUUGUCCUCCGGGUCAAGAAUACGUAAACGGACAGUGCCGAGACAUAUGGAAAACCAACAAUAAUCCCAAUAAUGUGAUUACGGUGCCACCCAAUUGUCUGCCAGGUCAAGAAUAUGUAAACGGACAGUGCCGAGACAUAUGGAAAACCAACAAUAAUCCCCAUAAUGUAAUUACGGUACCACCAAACUGUCCUCCGGGUCAAGAAUACGUAAACGGAGAGUGCCGAGACAUAUGGAAAACCAACAACGGUCCCAACAAUGUGAUUACGGUGCCACCAAAUUGUCCACCGGGUCAAGAAUAUGUAAACGGACAGUGCCGAGACAUAUGGAAAACCAACAAUAAUCCCCAUAAUGUAAUUACGGUACCACCAAACUGUCCUCCGGGUCAAGAAUACGUAAACGGACAGUGCCGAGACAUAUGGAAAACCAACAAUAAUCCCAAUAAUGUGAUUACGGUGCCACCAAAUUGUCCGCCAGGUCAAGAAUAUGUAAAUGGACAGUGCCGAGACAUAUGGAACAACAUUAGUCCUAACAAUGUGAUUACAGUACCACCAAACUGUCCGCCGGAACAAGAAUAUAUAAACGGACAAUGUCGCGAUAUAUGGAAAGGUUGCCCUUCAGGUCACGAAUAUAUAAAUGGACGCUGUCAUAUUAUUUGGGACAAUACUGAGGUACAGAGAAACUAUCCACCAAGACAAAUGUGUAUGAAUGGUAAAUGUAGUGAUGCCAGUUAUAAUGUGAUUAGUCCUAAUAAUGUGAUUACUGUUCCCCCAAAUUGUCCACCGGGACAAGUACUUGUGAAUGGGCAAUGCCGUGAUAUUUGGUUAUGGUUACAAAACGGACUACAAUUUGGUAUAAAGAGUCACGGAGCAAGCAUUCAGAACAGAUUCCCACAAAAAUGUACACUUAACCAACUGUGGUGGAAUGGUUUAUGUCUAGAUAUGUACCAAAAUCAAGCUAUGAAUCCUACGGGCUCUAAUAAUAUUCAAUCUAUGUGUUUGUUUGGAGAAGAAUACAUUAAAGGAAAAUGCAUUGGAAUGAACUCAUUGACAAAUGAACUACGGUCAUCCAAACUUUGGACUUCAAUUGUAACCAAAUUCGAUAUCUUUAAUACACAACGAAAGAAAAGACAAUCAGAGGACGUAGAAGAGGAGCCUAAACAGACUGAACCCAUUGCAAUUGACAGAAAAAUUUUUAACGUUCCCUACCAAUGUCCCGAUGGAUACAGGCCUGAUGCUCUCGGUUACUGUCGUCCUGUUUUCUAAGAGUCGAAUUUGUAGUACUCUAUUUAACUUAAUUUGAUUUAAACACGGCAGUAAAUGCUAAAUACCUAACUAUUAAACCUAACUAUUAAAUGCCUACUUAAUGGACUAAAAUGUAUAGAAUAUUUAUUUAUGUAAUUUAGACAAUAGUAAUUAGGUAAUAAUUAUUUGUACUUAUACCUACGGACUACAGCAAGUAAUAGGUGUAUUUAAUAAUUUACUACAGCAUGGACCGAUAGUAUACGAUUUCAUCCUCAAUGAGCAAAAAAGAUAUGGCGACACACAUUUUUAAUUUUCCACAACAUUAACUUGUACAAUUCCAUAAAUUUUGUUCUUCUUAUCUGUUAUACUUAUUGUGACGCUAUUACUCUUAUGUUUACAUCGUAUGAAGAUGGCUAUCCCAUCUCCAUUCUUUGGCCGCUUCGUUAUACAUAUAUGAAGAUCUUUAACGUAGCUCACCAAACGAUGUCUUUACAUGUUCUUGGAAGUAGUAAGUGAGGGACGUCACAUUUAAAUAAUCUGAACAUAAAUUUUAAAAUUCAAAUGUUUAGGUGACGCUAAAGUACGUAUAAUAUUGAGAUACAUAUAAGCGUAGAAGUAACCUACCUAUUACUAUUAAAUACUUGAACCUUCUUAUAAUUUACCGUAGCACGGUACAAUAUGUAUUAUACGAUUUUAAUGCACGCAGAGUCGAGCUUAAUAUAUCUAGCAUCGCUGGCUAUGAUUAUAUCGCAGCGCCUCUGAGCAAAAUAUUAAUGAUAGCGCCUGGCUGCUUUGCUAAAUGAUGACGAUAUAAUAGGAAAUCAAAAUUCCCAUAUAAAUGCUUUUAAAUUUCCAUGCACGUCCACGAUAACGGCAUCGAAGAAAAUAUAAAUCUCUAUACAAUGCAUUUACUUUGCUCUACUAUUAUUAUUAUAUACGGACUACUCGUAUAUCGUAACUGAUAUCUCGUAUUAUAUUGUAUCAUUAUAAAAUCGUACCAUAUCGUUCCAUAGGUACUACGAUAAGUAGGUACUUAAUCAUUAGCGCCCAUUAUUUGGUACUUCCGCAAUCCGUAGAUUUACAAAUUAUUAUUUAUAAUCUAUUAUAUAUAUAUUAGAUAAAUAUUCUACAAUACCAAUACUUAACAUUGGUAUUGAUGCUUUAUAUAUGAUUACUUUACAUAAAUUUAUUAUAAAAUUCUUAUUUAAUUAUAUGUAUAUUAUAAUUUUUAUACUAGAUAAGUUAAAUUAAGUGUUUUAUUUAAUUAACAUAAAUAAAAUCAUUUAAACUUUGAUCAAAAUAAAAAUUUAACAUAAUAUAAUUAUACACAUACAUUACAAAAUCAACGUCACUGUGCUCAGUAUAUAUACUUGAAAGUAGGCAGAUGUGUAUUUGUAAAAAUAAAUUAUUUGUACUUGCGA